GUCCCCAAGCGGCGGUGGCAGCGCUGACAGCAGCCCUUGCGCUGGGUUCCCGCGGCGCCCAGCAGCAGCAUCCCGCAUCCGCCACGCUCCCGGAGUCCCCGCUGGAGCCAAUGCCCACCAUGGGGAAGCCCACGAGCUCCAGAUUCGACUGGCGCCGCUUCCUGCGGAAUCACUGGCUGCUGCUCUCCACCGUGGCCGCGGUGCUGCUAGGCAUUGCCAUAGGAGUCUUGGUUCGUGGACACAGUGAGCUCUCAAAUCUGGAUAAAUUCUACUUUGCUUUUCCUGGAGAAAUUCUAAUGAGGAUGCUGAAGCUUGUCAUUUUGCCAUUGAUUAUAUCCAGCAUGAUCACAGGUGUCGCUGCACUGGAUUCCAAUGUGUCUGGAAAGAUCGGUCUGCGCGCUGUGGUGUAUUAUUUCUGCACCACCAUCAUUGCUGUGAUCCUUGGUAUUGUGCUGGUUGUGAGCAUCAAACCUGGUGUCACUCAGAAAGUGAGUGAAAUCAACAGGACAGGCAAAACCCCUGAAGUCAGCACAGUGGACGCUAUGUUGGACCUGAUCAGGAACAUGUUCCCCGAGAACCUGGUCCAAGCCUGUUUUCAGCAGUACAAAACCAAGCGUGAAGAAGUGAAGCCUGUCAGUGAUCCUGGGAGGAAUGCCACAGAGGUGUCUGUCACCACCGCCAUGACCACCAUGUCUAAGAACACAACAAAGGAAUACAAAAUCGUGGGCCUGUAUUCAGAUGGCAUCAAUGUCCUGGGCUUGAUCAUCUUUUGCCUCGUCUUUGGACUUGUCAUCGGAAAGAUGGGAGAAAAGGGACAGAUUCUGGUGGACUUCUUCAAUGCGUUGAGUGAUGCAACCAUGAAAAUCGUUCAGAUCAUCAUGUGUUACAUGCCCAUUGGUAUUUUGUUCCUAAUUGCUGGGAAGAUCAUAGAAGUUGAAGACUGGGAAAUAUUUCGCAAGUUGGGCCUUUACAUGGCCACGGUCCUGAGUGGGCUUGCAAUCCACUCCACUGUAGUACUGCCACUGAUCUAUUUCAUAAUUGUGCGGAAGAAUCCUUUCCGAUUUGCCUUGGGCAUGGCACAGGCUCUCCUGACGGCGCUCAUGAUAUCUUCCAGUUCAGCAACUCUACCAGUUACGUUCCGCUGUGCAGAAGAGAAGAACCAGGUGGACAAGAGGAUCACAAGAUUUGUGCUGCCUGUUGGUGCCACCAUCAACAUGGAUGGCACUGCCCUCUAUGAGGCCGUGGCAGCUGUGUUUAUUGCGCAGCUCAAUGGCUUGGACUUGAGCAUUGGGCAGAUCAUCACCAUCAGUAUCACGGCCACAGCUGCUAGCAUUGGAGCUGCCGGCGUGCCCCAGGCUGGUCUGGUGACCAUGGUGAUCGUGCUGAGUGCUGUAGGCCUGCCUGCUGAGGAUGUCACCCUUAUCAUCGCUGUGGACUGGCUCCUGGACCGGUUCAGGACCAUGGUGAAUGUUCUGGGUGACGCAUUUGGGACCGGCAUCGUGGAGAAGCUCUCGAAGAAGGAGUUAGAGCAGAUGGAUGUUUCAUCUGAAGUCAACAUCGUGAACCCCUUUGCCUUGGAACCCACCAUCCUCGACAAUGAAGACUCCGAUACCAAGAAGUCCUAUGUCAAUGGCGGCUUUGCAGUGGACAAAUCCGAUACCAUCUCAUUCACCCAGACCUCACAGUUCUAGAGGCCUCGCUUCCCAUGACUGGGAUGAGAACAGACAUCUCCGCGGGAGCCAUCUCUUAGCAAACUCCAACAUUAAGGAAUGAGAGAAACACUAAGAGUCAACUGUACAUUUAGUUUGAUAAACAGACCUCCAGAUUAUUUUCUAUAUUUGGCUUUAUAGCCUUUGUUUCCUGGGUUUGGGACUUGGGGGUAGGGUAGACUGAAAGAAAAUUAAGAAAGUUGUGUUAUUUGGAUUUUCUAAUUCUAUAAAACAAAGUGUGAAGCAGAUGCAGUAGUUAGCUGUGGGAUUUAGGUAGUGGAUAUGGAAGAGAAAUUGCUUUCUCAUGUAUAAACCAGUGUUUGGGGGUUUUUAAACAAUAUUAUUAUUGGCUACAAAUUUUUACUCAGGCUUUCUAUUGGCGUGACUUCCUUUGCCUUCCCACUUUUUAUAGAUUAUAAUGCAUCUCAACAGCCCUCCCUACCCAGUUAAAGUGCCAAAUUUUCCAUUUUGACCUCACCUUCAGCCACUCUCAAACUACUCUAACAAAAAGAAAAGGAUCAGCAUAAUUCUGCAAUAAUAGUUUAAGAUAGUUGUAGGGUUUAAGGGAAGGGAGAGGGUUUUUUACUCAAUGUACUGUAUCGGGAUGCUGGUAGCUCUUUAGCCAGUGUUCGGUAUAGAACUAUAUGUAUAUGUGUGUAUAUUUAUUAUUUUCAUAUAAUUUGCAAGACAGAGAUCAGUAAUGAACUAUCAAUGUGAAAUAAGACAUUCUUCUUGUACUUGAAUCAAAACUGCAAUUCCAAGCCGGGUGGUAGUGGCGCACAUCUUUAACUCCAGCACUCAGGAGGCAGA